AUGGAGGUAGAGGAAACACCACCACUUUUGGAAAGAGAGCUGGCAAUGGACAAUACUUUCGUGAUCUCUAAUGAGGGAGUGGGUUUCGAAAAUGGCGUUGCAUAUACCUCCGCACUGCCAGAAGAGACGAUUCCUCAAGUGCCGCUUCCAACGUCUUCAACAAGAGGUGAACAUCUAUCUGCAUUGCCGGUUGAGCUUCCUUCACCUCCUCUCAGCCGAUCACCCCAGUUGAACAGCGUCAUGCCAGAUGGCACCACAUCUUCCAAAUAUUCCCCGGUUACGCUUGGAGGCGCCAUCGGUAUUCGUAGACCGCGUUCUUCAAAUUCACAGGCAGCGAAUAACAAUCUCACGUUGGAUCAGCUCAAUCCCACUCUUGCUGAAGCUCUCGCUGCGAUGAAGGCAAGGAGCAAUGCUUCGACAAAAUCUACUGGGAACACAGUCGUUGCUAACGGUUCUGAAAACUAUUCAAGCCGACGCGAGCUUCUGCCUACUCGCAUGUCCGGUCCUGUGACCCUGGAAAGAAGUGCCGUCACAUCGUCACAUAUUGUAUCGUUCAACGGUCAGACAACAGAGGUUCCCGAGGAGAUCUACUGUCAUCUUUGCGAUUAUCCGAUGAAGCUAUGUCUGCGGAAAACGAAAUACAAAGGAGAAAUUCGUGAAUACGCAGCUUACAGGUCUUAUAUCGCAUAG